GAUGAAUUUACCAAAAAUUUCAUUUUUUGAUGAUCCUAAAUCUUAAUUAUGGAUAAAGGAGGUAAUUUAGAUGUCAGAUCCAAUAAUAAGUGGAACAUUGAUAAGAAAUUCAAAGAAAGGUAUUUAGAAAGAGAUCAACUACUUUAUAUAAGAUGGAAAAUUGGCAAAUAAUAAGAAAUAUAUAGAUCUUUAGAAUGUGACUUUGGAUAAACUUAAGAAUUAUGGUUUUAAGUUAACUAGGAAUAGAAAAUCAAUAGAGUUAUUUGCCCAUAACGAACAAGCACAAGUAGUAUGGUAUGAUUAUCUUAAAUCGUUUUGCAUUUAAAGAGGGUUUAAUAAUGUAUACACAAUAAACAAAUUGAUAGGAAAGGGUAAUUUUGCAAAGGUAAUAUAUAAUAUGAUAUUUAAAAAGGUAUAUAGUGCAUAAAAAAAGAGUGAUCAAUCAUUGUACGCUGUUAAGGCAUUUGACAAACUGAAAUUUUAAGACAUUCGAAUUGAUAAGGUAGAAAUGAAGAUUUACAUAUUAUAAGCCUGCAUUAAUAAAGGAGUUAUCCAUAAUGAGGAAGAUGGAUUUUCGAGGAGUGAUUAAAUUGUAUGAGGUUUAUGAAAAUGACAAUUACAUAUUUUUGGUUUGUGAAUUAUUAGAAGGAGGAGAACUAUUCAAUUAAAUGAAAGGAAAGGCUUAUGAUGAAAAGACAGUGGCUAACAUCAUGUAUAGAAUAUUAUAAUCGAUUGAUUACAUCCAUUCAAUAGGAGUAUUGCAUAGAGACAUUAAAGUAUACAAUAUGUGUAAGUGUAGCCUGAAAACCUUAUACUUCGAUCAAAAGGAGAUAUGACAGAUGUAGUGAUAGCAGAUUUUGGUUUAGCAGAUUAUUAUAAUCCAUCUGGUGAUUAUAUGUUUAAACGUUGUGGUACUCCAGGAUAUGUUGCACCUGAAUUAUUACAAGAUAAAAUCUAUGAUUUCAAAGUAGACAUCUUUAGUGCAGGAGUACUAAUGUUUAUUAUGUUAACUGGUGCAUCACCAUUUAAAGCUAAAUCUUAUGAUGAGAUAGUGAUGAAGAACUACCAUUGUCAGAUCGAGUAUAAUUUAAUUAACAAUCAUCCACUCAGUGAAGAGGCAAUUCAUUUAUUAAGAUCAUUACUUGAAAAGAAUCCUGAUCUUAGAAUUAGUACAGACUUGGCACUUUAACAUUAAUGGUUUUAGAAAUAGGCAGACUAUUAAUUGCAUCUGUAAUUAUUAUAUAGUAAUUUAAAAGUGAAGAAAACCUACCUAGACAUAAAAGAAAUUCAGAUAUGUAUGCUAGAACACCAUUAAUGGGUUAAGAACUUAAUCAAUCUUUGACAUCAACUCCUUUGAGUGUGACACCUUAAAUGAGGAGUAAAUCAAAUACAGCUGAUAUAAAUCGAGAAGAGUAAAAUGGAAAUACAUUCAGAUAACAAAGUUAAUCAGUCAAAGUUUAGAAAUAAGAAUGUAUUUUAGAAGAGAAUGAUUACAAUGUUAAUGAAGAUGAUGAUAUUCCUCGUAGUAAUCAAAUUAAAAUGUAUUAAAUCUAACCAAAAUUAAAAAAAAGUAUUCAUUUCAUAAAUAACAUUAUUAGAUUAAGAAGAACAAUAGAAAUACAAUGUUGAUAAUGCAAAUAGCAUUCGUGGGUCACUCAAAUAAGCUUUUUGA